GCGCCGGCCAGCCCUUUGCCUCUGUCACAGGUGGAGCUGGGGUUUCCUCCGGGCCUAUUUGCGCCGGCGGCCUUCCGUCCGCCACCUGACCUCACAGAGGUGUGUCUGGGGCCGCCGCCUGGCUUGUGCCGGCCGCAGCAGGCUGAGCCGGAUGAGCCACCACAACGCCCCGAGGACGCAUGGCAGCCAACGUCGCCAAUCAUCCGGCACCCCGGAGAGCCCACGGCACCCAUCAAGCUCCAUCGCGAAGAGGACUGGAACUUCGUGGAGCGCGACGGCUAUGGCGCCUGGGAGGGCAUCACCCUUCAGGCCAAACAUUUGUUCGACUGGAGAAGGCCAUCACUGUUGACGGCCGGCAUGGUCGCCUUCCACGAUUUUCAUUGGGCAAGCAGGGAAGAAGGCGGGGAGGGUGGCUCCAUGGCGGAUUCGCACGCGGAUUCUUCGCCGGCCUCGUCAGGAACGUCAUUGCAGGUCGAACUGACAAUGCUCCCUCCUGGAGAG